AGGCAGACGGGUGCGAAGACAUGAGUGACUCCACGGGAGAGCACGCUCGCUUGCGGCGCUAUCCCGAGCUCCCGGUGUGGGUGGUGGAGGAUCAUCAGGAGGUUCUGCCUUUUGUAUACCGGGCCAUAGGCUCAAAGCAUCUUCCUGCCAGUAAUAUAAGGUUUUUACAUUUUGACUCACAUCCAGACCUCCUUAUUCCCGUGAAUAUGCCAGGCACCGUGUUUGAUAAGGAAACACUCUUUGGAGAAUUGAGUAUUGAAAAUUGGAUUAUGCCUGCAGUUUAUGCUGGUCAUUUUUCUCAUGUAAUAUGGUUUCAUCCCACAUGGGCUCAGCAAAUGAGAGAGGGCAAACACCACUUUUUUGUAGGCAAAGACAUUUCUACCACAACAAUCAGGGUUACAAGUACAGAUCAUUACUUCCUAAGUGAUGGUCUUUAUGUACCUGAAGACCAGUUAGAGAACCAAAAACCAUUACAGUUGGAUGUAAUUAUGGUAAAACCUUACAAACUCUGUAACAAUCAAGAUGAAAAUGCUGCAGUGUCAUCGGCAAAGAAGCCCAAACUAGCACUGGAAGAUGCAGAAAAUGCUGUCUCUGCUAACUGUGACUCUCAUUUAGAAGGACUGCAAAAGGACACAGUGACACAGAGAAGUGACCAAGCUUGCCGAGAGCCAUCAUGUCCAUGUUCUUCUGAAAGCCAGCAGUGCCACAGUACGGCCAACACUGGUGAAAUGCUGGAAAUGGUAAAGAAAGGAGAUGCAUUUGUUUUAGAUAUUGACUUAGAUUUUUUUUCUGUCAAGAAUCCCUUCAAAGAAAUGUUCACUCAGGAGGAGUACAAAAUCUUACAAGAGCUUUACCAGUUUAAAAAGCCUGCUAGUAACCUAACCGAGGAUGAUUUGGUAGAUGUUGUUGAUACUCGAAUUCAUCAGUUAGAAGAUUUAGAAGCAACUUUUGCUGAUUUGUGUGAUGGUGAUGAUGAAGAAACUAUACAGAGAUGGGCUUCAAACCCUGGAAUGGAAUCACUAGUUCCACUUGUACAGAGUUUGAAAAAACGGAUGGAAGUUCCAGACUAUGAAAUGGUUCACCAAGCUGGUUUAACCUGCGAUUAUUCAGAACUUCCUCACCAUAUCAGCACAGAACAAGAAAUUGAAUAUCUUAUUCAGUCUGUAUAUUAUUUACUGAAAAAUUUGCCAAAACCUACUCUUGUGACAAUUGCAAGGUCAAGUCUGGAUGAUUAUUGUCCAUCUGAACAAGUCGACAUCAUUCAGGAAAAGGUCCUCAAUGUGUUGCGCUCCCUCUAUGGGACUCUAGACACUCACCUGGUGUAUUCAGCAGAGUCUUCUCCAUCUUGAAACAGACAAAACUCUAGGCUCCUAUUAAAGUUUUGUAUAGUAACAGGUUUUCAUAAACUUGUUUGUAAAUGAGUCUUCCAGAGAAUGCUUUUUGUGUUAACUUUUAGUUUAAAUCUUUCUACUGAAUAUCUUAGAGAUAUUUUGAAUCUCUAAACAAAUAGCAGUUGUUGGAUGAUAGCAGUUUGUGUGUAUGUAUAUGUUUGCAUGAGGUCUUUUAGCCGCAGUUGAUGGAACUGUUCCUUUCUUCCUUUCCAUCAUUGUCUUUAUCUUUCUUUCCCCACCCAAGUUAAUGGACUAUAUAAGAUUUAUUUAUUUGUUCAACUGGUGGAUAUUUAUUAAGCACUUACAUGUACAGGACAUUAUUAAGUACUAGAUAAUGUGAUAAUGAGCAGAAUAGAAAAGGCUUCUGCUGUCUUCGGGGCUGAGAAGCAGAUUGUGGGUUAUAAGCAGUGUAGUGAGGGAAAGGGCAACCACAGGUAUGCCUUACGCUUGCUCUUAGUACUCAGGACACGCUGGCCUUGUAGGAAAGUAACGUUCUCAGAAGCUACGAGCAAAAAGAACACCUUGCAGUUCAUGAAAGUGUUACAGAAGUCUGCCUUUCCAAGGCUGUUGGAAUUACGGCCAGGCUUUUGCCAGUUACUCUCCAGCAUCAUUUUUGUUAAAGAGGUCUAGUUGAGUAAACUUGACCAAACAAAAUUUCACUUUGUUUUGUUUUUUACUAAUCGGGGUUUUGUGCCUUUAGGUGGUCAUU